CUAACCAGCUGGUGUGAUUGUCAUUCCUUCACUACAUUCUGUCUUUUUCUCAGACGAAAUAUUCGUCUCCACGUAAAUUUCGUCUUCCGCAGAUGGAAGAUUCCAAUAGCAGCGAACCUCCACGCUGUCCUUGUGGAUUUUGGGGGUCUAGUGAAACAUCAGGUUUAUGUUCAAAGUGUUAUAAAGAUUUGAGAAAGCCAAGUGUUCCCCAACCAACCUCUGCUUUACGAAGCACUAUGGAUUCAGCUCCCCACUCCUCACGGACAAAUCCUGAAAAUCUAUCAAAAAAGAACUCUAAAGCUGAAGAGCUCCAAAUACCAAAUGGAGAAAAUCCUAAAGACUUGUCAAAUUUCAAAGGAAAUGUGUGUGACAAGCAUAGUGACUCAGCAGGUAGUUGUACUGCACAGUGUGAACUUUCCUCAGACAAAAAGUCACCGUCAGAGUGCACAUCCCCACAGAAAUGUGAGACAAAACAUACCGCUCAGGAAGGUCAGGAGUGCAGUUCCAGUCAGUCCAGCUCUGAUGUAACACUGGAUGGGAAUAGGGGUACUAAAAGAGAUAACAGUGUUUUAUCAGAUGAUUCAGAGUCAUCGCCAAAAAAGCCAAACAUGGUCCAGAAAAAUAAGAAGAGGUGUUACAAAUGCAGCUGCAAGCUGGAGCUAGCUCAGAGAGCAAUUGGGAGAUGUAGAUGUGGGCUUGUAUUUUGCCCCUUGCACAGAUUGCCUGAACUUCAUGAAUGUGAGUUUGACCAUAAAGAAGAAGGCCGAGAGAAAGCACGUGAAAAAAUGGUUAAGCCAACACGCCAUCUUGGAACUUCCUUCAGGCGUCUCGAGUCCGAUUCUUGAGGUGGUGCCUGGCUAGGAAGUGGGAGUAUCAAUGCAAAUACAAACUCAACUCCUUCAUAAUAGAUUUGUACCACUGACAAAGUUGUGUGAGGGGAUGCCUCUCUCUCAUUUUGUGGUCAGUACAUGAUUGUACAGAAGACAUAUUUCAAGACAUAAUGAUUGUGCAUGUGUCUUCACUUCAUUUCUCAUUGGAUUUUAUACUUGUGCUGGACAUUGGUUUGUAGAUAUGAUGUGUUGUCGUGAUUGGCCAUUGAUUAGCCAAUCAAAUUUGUUAAUGCAGUUAGCCUUGAAUUUUCAUAGACCAAUCAGAUGUGGCUUUACUGUCACUGGUUCUUUUAAGCAAUCAGUGCAAAUCUUAUCAAUAUUUGGUUUACAUAUUCUGAAAAGUUUGUUUUGGUGACCAAGCGUUUGACAUGGUGUGAAAUAUGCACAUGAUGAUGCAGUUACGUAGUCUCUUUCAUUGACCAGAUUUCAUAAUAAAACCGACAUCAUACUCAUUGGUCAUUCAUUCAAUGGUACCAAUCAAACUCUUCAAUUAUUUCAUGUCUAAAAGUGCAGAAAUACUUGAGGGAAGGAUAGGAAAUUGUGUUUUAAUUAUUAAUCAAACGUUCAACUGAUAUAUUGUUGAUUAUUGUAACUUGAUUUUUUAUUUCUUACACCUAGGUUUAGUUUAUGCCGACCUAUCAAAUCUUCUUUUUUUUCAGUCUUUAAGUGUAAUAAAUAUUAAAAAGAUAAUUUAAACAUGUUUUGAUAAAUGACACUUGCUCAAGAUUUUUGGCAAUAUUCAUUGGUAUAUAUUUCCUUUAUAGCCAUUAAGGGCUUGAAAUAUUCUGUUUAAUGAUCAGUGUUUGAGUUACUUCUCAUUGUACUAGUAUUAUAGGUUCAAGAUUUGGUAGACUUAAGAUUCAAACACAGUUGGUGUAAAGCUCCAGGAACCAAGGAUCCCAAACUUUUUAGCACUGCUGAUAACAAUUUCUUCCCUACUCUCAAGUAUUGGUGUACGUGUAGCAGCAGUCUGCACUACGUCCAAGUGAGUGUUGGAGCAGACGUGCAAGAUGUGUGGAACCCUGCAGCUGGUCUGUGUACAAACGGACACCAUUAAUGUAUUGUAUCUACCUCUGUGCAGCCUUGCAGGCUGUCCUUGUAUGAUGUACAAGUUGCUUCAUCAACCUGCCUGCCAAGGGCCAUUGUGUUUACCUGUAACUAAGCACUGCAUUAUUGUGGUGCUGUUCUAAGUUCCAUGGAAUUGCUUGCAGCCACUAGACUAGAUUUGGAAAUCACAAAUGUUAAGAUUUUUGGGUGGGGACUAGAUUUUCAAAGAACAUUUUUUAAUAUAUUUAUUACUUGUGUCAAAAGUCAUGCUCACUUGAGGAGUUCUUGUACUAAAUCAACAUGACAACAUAAAAAAAUGCUGUUUUUUACUGAUACAACAUCGGGGGAUGUCCCAAAUUGAUUUCAUUUUGAAUGAGACUAAAAGGUCAUGAAUGAGAUGUGUUUAUGUAUAGUUCUCUAAAUCUUUCAGAUAUGUCUUAUUGUUGACCUUUCCAAAAUGUUUACCUGUAUUGGUGUCUUUUAAGCUAAUGAAGGUGAAGGUCAAAGAGAGAAACAACACUUUCUCAUUGUUUGGGUCUGCAAACUGCAUUUCACACAGAAUAUAGGUCACCAUGACCUACAAUUAUGAAAUUUGCUGACUUUAAAUUCUUCCUCAUAUAAUAAGACUCUAGAUAAAAGUCAUCACUGGUAGGUAUGACAUGAUUUAACAUCAAACUGAAGACGUUUUACUGGGGGGGUAAUGUUUUUUGUUGAAUUGCAAAUUUUGGUCCCCCGAAGAAUAAAUGGAUGAUGCAGCUGCUGAUUUAGUUGAUAAUAGAUUUUGAAAAGUAAGAAUCCUGUAACUAGUUAAAACCAAACUAAUUUAGUUGUAUUUUUAUAUAUUUAUUAACUUCUAUUAAUGAUAUAGUUUUCAGAUAAGGAGAGCAUAUACAUGAAGAAUACUCUUCUUCUUUUUUUUCAAACUAAAUGAUGAUGAUAAUUCAGAUUUGUUCUGAUUUCAUCAAGUCCAUCUCCAUAAACCUGUUUAAUUACCGGUACCUGUGUGUUACAUAUUGUUUUAAACUUUGGAUUUAUCAAUAUGGCUGCUGGGAAGUCGGCAACUGAAUGAUGUACUAUGUCUGUGGCAGCAUGCACCAAGCUUUUUUACGUUUACCUAUUUCUCGGUUACAUUUAUUUCUCAUGGACCUUGCUGUUAUCUCAACAACAUGUUGGUAAAACCAAGGCCAUCAUAAAUUGAUUGCUAGUUUUGUCCUUUUGCCAAAGUUUGAUUCAUCCUACCUCAUUGUGUACUGUAAUUAUUAUCAUUUUUCAUUAAAGUAGUAUAACAAAAAUAACAUAACAUAUUGAUAAAAUAACAGAACAAUAUCAGCUUCCCUAUGUUCACAUUUCAGAAGAAUGUGGAUUAAAACUAAUAACUGAUUUAUGAUGGCCUAUCCAUCUGGUAUUAUUUCCCUGAGACUAUUAGAAUACAGGGUGUCUGCUGGUAUUUACUCUCAUCUACAUUUCGAAUUGAGGAAGGAAGUGUCCAUUUCUGUUGCACUCUAUGCACUAUACCAACAAAGCUAAAUUCACUUUAUAAGAAUAUGCAUUCAAGUCAUUUUUUAACCGUUUGCAUGUGAGUAAAUUGUUUUGUUCAUUUGUAAAAACUAUUUUGAUACAUGGAGGCAAAAAACUGAUAUAGGAAACCCAAUUUUUUCCACAGGACAGUGUGAUAAUUUUAAAACAUUUAAAGAUACGUAGUUCCCUGAAUAUCAAAUGUGCAGCAACGUUUCAUUUAUGUCCCACAGUGCCAUGACAUCACUUAACGAGGUUAGUAUAGAGAGACAUCAUUAUAUUACCACAUGGCACUACUUCCUUUCACUUUUAACAUAGAAAUUGUAAAAUGGGAACAUAUUCAAUAUGUUCUAUUUUUUCUUAUAUUAUGAUUAUUGGCAUCCUUGCAACAUUCAGACUCCUGAUAGCUGGCGGCUCCAGUUGAGCUGAGAACACUAAACCAUACCAGCGGACAUCCAAAAUUCAUGAGUUAGAAUCUGAAUCUUGAAGUGUGAAUAUUUAUGUUUAACAUUAUCAGUAUAAUGUUUCCUCAUUAGAGUAAUUUAUAAGUGUGCAAUGAUCGUGAGUUCCAUGCUUCUGACUGUAGCCCAGUUUGUCAUAUGUAUGUGGAGAAGAGUCGCACAGAGAUCUAUUUUCAAUACAGGUCAUUAGUGAUUUGAAAACCAGUCAUCUAUCAUGAUGAGACAAAAUCAUCACUCACAAUGUAUUUGCCCAACAAGGUAUAUCAGUUUGAUGAAAAUGCUUGGAUAGGUUAUAUGUAAGUGAGGUGUCUGUGUAUAGUUGGCCUCUUAUGUUAUGAAAAUUUCAUGGAUAUGUUCAUUAUUCCAUUGACAGUAUAUUACAUUACAUCAUUUGGUUACAUAUGUUCAGCAGGCAUCUGAAGAACGACAUUUACAUCCAUACAUAUUUUGGAAAUUGAAAUUUAUGGCCAUACAUUUUGUAUUUUUUCAUUAAAAAUAUUAGGUUUUCAAACUAAACUGACUGAUCAGUGAUAUUGAGUUACCAUUUGAAAAUUAAUUUAAAAAUAUUAAAGAUCAGAAAAUGUUACUCAACAUAAUAUUCAUCUUUGAAAGACUUUCUACACCUUACACAAAUCAAUGAAAUCUCAGGUUUAUAGUGUACUGUUGGAUAUUGAACAAGUGAUCCAAAGUAAGACAAGGCAAACAGAGUUCCCUCCCCUUCCUUCAACCCUGUUAUCAGGAGUUAUAAGUUUGUUCGCUUGUUAAAAACAGUGUUAAUUAUAUAUUCUCUUUUCUAUGAGGAUAGGAUACUCUGUUUAUAUUUGUAGAAUUACACCUCGGUUAGUUUGUAGACAUAUAUUAGAAUUAUUUAUUACCUGGAGUAGAAUCCCUUUGUUAUGGUUAUUUAGUCAGCAAUGAUUUUGUUUACAGAUAUUUAAAGAAUCUUCAUUUGUAAACUUUGCAGAGUAUACAACAUUUAUUUAAUGGUUGAAGUCUUGAUACUAGGAGACAAUGACACAUUGUACUCAUUGUUGGAUAAAAGUGCUGUGAAAUUGAUAUCCAUUUACCAAAAGAACAUCAAGACUUAGUUCUUCCUUGUGUCAUUUGAUGUUUCAACUUAGUUCCAUCAUCAGUGGGUCUAUUCUUUGUGACAACAGGUUGUGGGGAAAUAUGGAAGUAAAUACUACUGGCAGGAUAAGAAAUAAAUAAUUUCAUCAUGUUUCACAAAUACUACAUAUUAGUCUAGUGUGUUAACUGGUAUGAAAGUUUUCCUUGAUAAUAAUUUUGUGAUAGAUAUUAUUAUGAAGUUUAACUGCAGCUAAAAUCCUAAACUUUUAGUGUUGCAUUGUGGCAAACUGUAGUUCAGGUUCAAUCAACUUUAACAGGUUAAUAUUCAGGACUUGUUAUUGUAAGUGCUGUAUUAUUAAGUUUGUCAAGUUAGCUAUGUAUGUGGAAUUGUUUUCUGGAAUGGGCCUGGUUGCUUGAUGGUAGUGAGCGGUUAAAACAUGCUUCAAUUUCCAUGGAAGAAUGGGGGAGAUUAUCAGGCUAGACAGACAUAUCUGACCCUUGAACUGCAUAAUGUUUCUUCCAACUGAUUCUCAAUAUGUUAUCUUGUCAAACAUUCACUUAAAUAUUUCUUUUUAAAUAUUAGGUCUUACAAGACAUAUAUAAAAGUUCAUUUGAUAUCCUUUUCUGCUGUGAAGUGACAGCUUGUCAUGAAUUUGUUGUGUUUAAACUUGUCUGCAUGAUAAAGGUUGAAUGAAUCACUUAGCAACAGUGUAUAUGUAAGUGUGUAAAACACUGCUCUAAAGAAAUUACAGAACACCCAGGUGUUUUUUCCGUAUGACUGGAGUUAAUCUGUCAAGGUGUUACAGAUUAUCAAUAGCCAUAUGAACAAAUCGGGUGUUCUUGGACUUCUCUAGGGGAGUAUACUGUGAAGGGUACUACUUCCUUAGUCAUCUGGAUUUUGUUUGUCUGCUUUUACAAAACUUGGACAUGACUGUACCUUUCAGGUUUUGUUUUUUAUAGAUAAUACCAAUAUGGAAAUUGCAUAUCACACCCACGAUAUGCAACUAGAAUGUCUUGUUUGAUUUUCAGUGCUUCCAUCCCUGUAGCUCUUUUAGUAGUGAAGCACUUCAAAUUUUAGUGAAAAUCUGAUGCAUGCUUGUCCAGAGAUUACUUUUGUUUCAAUACCUGCUCGAGAGAUUUCCCUAGACAAUGCUAUUUUUAUAACUAUUACAUUAAAGAUCAAGCAGUUUCAUUUUAAGAUAACUGAUCUUAUAUGUGUAAUUAAGAUAGAAUGUAAUUCAUUUCUUGUAAUAAGUUACAUUUUUAUCUUUUGCCAAGUUGUUAACAAGAGUGACGCAAUCGAUAGGGAUUAUUUAAAUAAUGUUAUCUCACACUUAAGGUAUGUCACUCCAGGAGGUGUGUUUAUCUGGGGAAAUCUCGAGUUGGACACUUAACAUCAUCAAUUGGCAAUAACCAUACUGUACCUCAUUGUCUAGGUUUAGGAUAAUGAUUAUAACAUCAAUAAAUGACACCAGUAUAAUAUCA